CGGGGCGCAGGUGGGGGCGGGGCUGCGGCGGCGCCGGCUGGGCGAGAUGGUGAAGCUGUUCAUCGGGAACCUGCCGCGGGAGGCGACAGAGCAGGAGAUCCGCUCCCUCUUCGAGCAGUACGGGAAGGUGCUGGAGUGCGACAUCAUCAAGAACUACGGCUUCGUCCACAUCGAGGACAAGACGGCGGCCGAGGACGCCAUCCGCAACCUGCACCACCACAAGCUGCACGGCGUCUGCAUCAACGUGGAGGCCAGCAAGAACAAGAGCAAGGCCUCCACCAAACUGCACGUCGGCAACAUCAGCCCCGCCUGCACCAACCUGGAGCUGCGGGCCAAGUUCGAGGAGUACGGCCCCGUCAUCGAGUGCGACAUCGUCAAGGAUUAUGCCUUCGUUCACAUGGAGCGGGCGGAGGACGCGGUGGAGGCCAUCCGCGGGCUGGAUAACACCGAAUUCCAAGGCAAGCGGAUGCGCGUGCAGUUGUCCACCAGCCGGCUCCGGACGGCGCCCGGGAUGGGAGACAAGAGCGGCUGCUACCGCUGCGGGAAGGAAGGGCACUGGUCUAAAGAGUGCCCGGUAGAUCGCCCGGGGCAAGUGGCGGACUUUGCCGAGGCCUAUAACGAGCAGUACGGAGCCGUGCGCACUCCCUACACCGCGGGCUAUGGGGAGACCGUGUAUUACGAUGAGGCGUACGGCGGGAUGGCCGACUACUACAAGCGCUACCGCGUCCGCUCCUACGCCACGGCCUCUGCGUACGACGCCUACGCGGAGCAGACCAUGGCCCAGUACUCCCAGUACGCCCAGUACUCCCAGGUCCAGUCCUCGGCCAUGGCCGCCACCACAGCCAUGGCCAGUCGCAUCCCCACCACCCUAGACGCGUACGAUAGAGCUCUGCUGCCGACCCCGGGCGCGGCGGCCGCCGUCGCCGCCGCCGCCACCGCCGCCGCGGCGGCCGCCUCCUCCACCUAUUACACCCGGGAUAGAAGCCCCCUGCGCCGCACGGCCGCCGCGGCCACCACCGUCGGAGAGGCGUACACGUACGAGCGUGGGCAGCUGUCGCCGGUCUCCUCGGUGGCCCGCCUCCUCUACGACAUGCAGCGGUUCGGGCGGGACCCGUACGCGGACCGGGCGCGGGUACUCUGCCUUUUGAGCCGGAGGUGAGCGUGUUGGCAGGUCUGGCGCACGGCGCCUUGCAACCGGCGGUGCCUCCGGGCACCGCGGGGGGGGUUCCCCGGCUGCCGGAGAUAACGGGGCGCGCGUCCCCCAGCCCCUGGUUGUGCCGGUCGAGCGUCUGCGUCUCGAUGCGAGCCGGGACGAAGGGUCGCGGCGAAGCAGACGGGGUCUUGCCGGGCGUUAAAGCCCAGGCGCCGGCUCCGGCCGCUCUGCCCGGCGUGGGGUGGACGGCGAGGACUCGCCGUGGCAAUCGGUGCUGCUGCCGGGGAGUCGCUUGCCCUCGGGACUCCCGCUGCCUUUAAUUAGCGUCCCCCCCCUCCCCGUAGCCGGGGCCGAGCCCUUGUGCCCAGGUGCCAUCCCGGCACACUCACUGCGGGGUGGGGGGGUUCCCGCAGAGCCCCCAGCCCCGCGUGCCGUGGCCGCCACGCGCAUCCCCCGGGAGUAGCCCCUGUCCGGGGAUGGCUCCCAGGCUCUGCCCGGUAAAAGCCGCCGGCAGCCGGGCUGCCGCCCCGGCGCGGGAUGGCUGCCGCCCCUGGCACACCGCUGCGGGUGAGCCGGAGCCGUGGGGGCUCCCGGCAUCCCCCCGGCACGGGGCGGCCACAGAGCCCCCCGCCGCCGCCGCAUCAGGAUUCUGGUUGCUCUCAGGAAGCCGGCAGCUCCUCCGGGUGCCCGCCGGGGCUCGGCGCGGUCCCCCGGCACGGUCCCGGCCGGCGCGGGGACCGGCGCCUGCACCGGGCGCUCUGCGCCAACUCUGCUUUUCUCUUUCAGGUAAGAUAUUUGCGGCUGGACGUCGGGUUCCCGUCGCACACCGAAUCGGCACCGCGCGUCUCGUGCUGCGCCGGGCUUCAAAGCGCAGCCGGGUUCAGCUAACGAGUCUGUUCCUAACGAACGCUCAGCUUCUUCCCAGCCUUGGUCAGAAUAGCUCGACCCCCCCCCGCCCCCCCUUCCCCCAGCUUUCUAUUCUCAGUUGCCAGGAUUUGCUUUUCAGGUAGUUCGGGGGCCCCCACCCCUCCCCUAGCUGGUCUAGGCUCAGGUCGUGAGCGAGAGUAGCCGUAGCCGUAACUGCAGCCGUAGCCGCAGCGCCAGCUUUGCUUUGCUUUGCUUUUCCUGCCCCCGGCCAGCGUGGAGCGGCUCGCUCCCUUGCUGGAGCUUCCUUUAUUAUUAUUCUUUCUUUUUUUUUUUUUUUUUUUUCUUUAUUUUGAAGAGGAUGAAUAAAUCCACUUGUAGCUUUUUAAUACGAAAUGACGUAGCUGACUCGAGGCCGCCACGCCGCGCUCCCCCUGCACCGCGCCGGCGUGGGAGGGCCGACCUUGUGUUUGGAGCUCACCCCGCGCCCCCCGUGGCGUUUAGCGUCCCCCAACCCCACUCUCCAGUAAAAUAAAACUCAAAUUUUUAACAAA